AUAGAGCUGGAGAAAAGCCACUAUUCAGACCAUGAAAUCCGCAAGCUGGGGGAGGAGGAGCUGCUCAGGAAGAGGAAGGAAAGCAAGUAUGAUGAUGAAGUGUCUGGCAAAACGGUCAUCAUGGCUCAGGACCUGGAGGACAAGUGGGACCAGAAGUUUCUGCGGUUCGAAGCUGCUCCACGGAUAACAGAUGCCGAUAAAAACAACAAUCGAACAUCGCUGAACAGGAAGCUGGACAGUAACCUGAUGCUUCUCGUGAAACAGAAGAUUGGUAACCAGGAGCAGUGGCUCCUGCCUCAGGUGGAAUGGCAGCCUGGAGAGACACUACGAAGCACAGCUGAGCGAGCCAUGGCUACAUUUUUGGGAGAUCACAUUCAAGCCAAAAUCCUGGGGAAUGCGCCGUAUGGGAUUUACAAGUAUAAAUUCCCCAGGGCCAUCAGGACUGAGGAUAACAUGGGAGCCAAAGUAUUCUUCUUCAAAGCCUUCCUCCAGAGCAGUGAUUUGUCCCAGGCGGAGCUGAAGGAAGAUUACCUGUGGGUCACAAAGGACGAGCUGGGAGAUUACUUGAAGUCAGAAUACCUGAAAAAAGUGAAUCGAUUCCUUCUGGACUUAUAAGCCAUAGGCUGUGCUCCAGCAGAUGGGGAAGAUGUGGAACGGACUCCAGGGAGGAGCACAGCUGCUGCUUUGCAUGGUCUGUGUGUACAAGAUCUUAACUUGGGCUCUGGAGGAUAAUUUGCCUUUGCCUUAUUUCCCAGUUCUCUUCACCGGGCCUGUACUAAAUAAAUAUUAAAAAUUCUACUAGGAAGUGAA